AUGUUUCGUGAUAUCACCAGUCAACUCGCCGGUACCGGUGCAACCUCUGGGGAUGCGAAGACAGAUGCAAAGAAGGUUCUGUCACCAACGCUCCGCCCUGACAUCUACAGCCUGAUAGACAAGACGAAAGCGUGGGCCUUGGCCACCACCCCCUCUUCCUCAAGUGGUGGGCAGGCGGGCGACGGCGUCUCGUACGGUGCCCUGCUCGAGCUGAUCCAGAAGUACCUCCCCGAGACGAAGAAACCUGGCCUCGAGUCGUUUGGGCAGGCCGAGGGGGAGAUCGCCGUCAUCGUCGGGGGCGUGACGAACUUGAUACUUGAGCUGAGCAAGUGGGAGGGGAUGGCGGCAGGGAUGGCGAUGCGCACGUGGGUCGACGCGCUCGUAGACGCGCACGCCCGGGCCGGGGAGGCGCGCAAGAAAGCGAUCGCAACGGGUACGACGCGCGGGCUUAACCAGUACACCGACGCGGGUCUGUUGACCAAGGACUUUACGACGCGCAUCCAGAUCAUCUCGUGCUUGAAGACCGUUAGCGCGAGGAUGUAUGGCGCUGGAACCGACGAAGCGAGAAAGUGCGAGGCGAUGUGGAGCUCCAAGUUUAUCUGA